CCCCAGCGCCGAUCCGUACCGUCGCGGAGCCGGCGACAGCAACAUGGCGGCCGCGGCCGGGCCGGUAACGGAGAAAGUUUUCCACGAGACGGGCCUGUGCUGACCUCAGUGUGCGGCCUCGGGUCUCCGGUGCUGCCGGCCCGCGUCUCCCCCGACGGCGUGCCACCUCCCACCUUCCGAAUCUCGGGCCCCACCCCAGCGUUCCCGAGACCAAGUUUCCGCGGCAGAUCACUAUAAACAAAAAUUCUGCCUGUGAAAAUGUUGAAAUAGAAGCUACAAAUACGUUUUGUUUGUUGGAUGAAAUACAAGGAGUUAAUUUUUGGAAAGCCCCAAUUGUCAGAUACAUGUGUAGAUCACUGCGCUAUUGCUUUAGUCAUUGUCUCUAUUUAGCAAUGACAAGACUGGAAGAAGUAAACCGGGAAGUGAACAUGCAUUCUUCAGUGCGAUAUCUUGGCUAUUUAGCCAGGAUCAAUUUAUUGGUUGCCAUAUGCUUAGGUCUCUAUGUAAGAUGGGAAAAAACAGCAAACUCCUUAAUUUUGGUGAUUUUUAUUCUUGGCCUUUUUGUUCUUGGAAUUGCCAGCAUACUCUAUUAUUAUUUUUCAAUGGAAGCAGCAAGUUUAAGUCUGUCCAAUCUUUGGUUUGGAUUCCUACUUGGCCUACUGUGUUUUCUUGAUAAUUCAUCGUUUAAAAAUGAUGUGAAAGAAGAAUCAACCAAAUAUUUGCUUCUAACUUCCAUAGUUUUAAGGAUAUUAUGUGCUUUGGUGGAGAGAAUUUCUGGUUAUGUUCGUCACAAACCCACUUUAAUCACCACGGUUGAAUUUCUGGAACUUGUUGGAUUCGCCAUUGCCAGCACAACUAUGUUAGUGGAGAAAUCUUUGAGUAUCAUUUUACUUGUUGUAGCUUUGGCCAUGCUGCUUAUUGACCUGAGAAUGAAAUCUUUCCUAGCAAUCCCAAACUUAGUUAUUUUUGCAGUCUUAUUGUUUUUCUCCUCCUUAGACACCCCCCAGAAUCCCAUUGCUUUUGCAUGUUUUUUUAUUUACCUAAUAACUGAUCCAUUCCUUGACAUAUAUUUUAGUGGAUUGUCAGUAACUGAACGGUGGAAACCCUUUUUGUACCGUGGAAGAAUUUGCAGAAGACUUUCAGUUGUUUUCACUGGAAUGAUUGAACUUACAUUUUUCAUUCUUUCAGCAUUUAAACUUAGAGACACUCAUCUCUGGUAUUUUGUUAUACCAGGCUUUUCCAUUUUUGGGAUUUUCUGGAUGAUUUGCCAUAUUAUUUUUCUUUUAACUCUUUGGGGAUUCCAUACCAAAUUAAAUGACUGCCAUAAAGUAUUCUUUAUUCACAGGAUAGAUAACAAUAGCCUUGAUAGAAUCAUGGCAUCUAAAGGGAUGCGUCAUUUUUGCUUAAUUUCGGAACAGUUAGUUUUUUUCAGUCUUAUUGCAACAGCAAUUUUGGGAGCAGUUUCUUGGCAGCCAACAAAUGGAAUAUUCUUAAGUAUGUUUCUGAUUGUUUUGCCGUUGGAAUCCAUGGCUCAUGGGCUUUUCCGUGAAUUGGGUAACUGUUUAGGAGGAACGUCUGUUGGAUAUGCUAUUGUGAUUCCCACUAACUUUUGCAGUCCUGAUGGCCAGCCAACACUUCUUCCACCAGAGCAUGUACAAGAGUUAAAUUUGAGGUCUACUGGCAUGCUCAACGCUAUCCAAAGAUUUUUUGCUUUUCACAUGAUUGAAACUUACGGAUGUGAUUAUUCCACAAGUGGACUGUCUUUUGAUACUCUACAUUCAAAACUGAAAUCUUUCCUUGAACUUCGAACUGUGGAUGGACCUAGACAUGAUACCUAUAUUUUAUAUUACAGUGGGCACACCCAUGGUUCCGGUGAAUGGGCUCUUGCAGGUGGAGACGUACUACGCCUUGACACACUUUUAGAAUGGUGGAGAGAAAAGAAUGGUUCCUUCUGUUCCCGGCUUAUCAUUGUGUUGGAUGGUGAGAAUUCAACCCCAUGGGUGAAAGAAGUGAGAAAAGUCAAUGACCAGUAUAUUGCAGUACAAGGAGCAGAGAUGACAAAGACAGUAGAUAUUGAAGAAGCUGACCCACCACAGCUGGGAGACUUUACAAAAGACUGGGUGGAGUAUAACUGCAACUCCAGCAGUAACAUCUGCUGGACUGAGAAGGGGCGCACGGUGAAAGCGGUGUAUGGCGUGUCAAAAAGGUGGAGUGACUACACGCUGCAUCUGCCAACCGGAAGUGACGUGGCCAAGCACUGGAUGUUACACUUUCCUCGUAUUACGUACCCAGUGGUUCAUUUAGCAAAUUGGUUGUGCGGUCUGAACCUAUUUUGGAUCUGCAAAACUUGUUUUAGGUGCUUGAAAAGGUUAAAAAUGAGUUGGUUUCUUCCUACGGUGCUGGACACAGGACAGGGCUUCAAACUUGUCAAAUCUUGAUGUGAAAUCCAAAGUAGAGUAUUAUUGAGAAUUGAUACCAUCAGUUAUGACUAACUUGCCAUUUUUUGUAUAUUGUAUUGGGGGGCGGGGGGGGGGGCGUGGAAAUUACCUUGCUACUUCUGUAGCGACUUUCAGUGUCUUUCAAAUAAUUAUGGUAUAUGUAAGCGGUUGGGAAGAAAUGUUUUAUGCAAGAAGUGGGGAGUCAUAAAUACUGACUGUAAAUGCAUAACAUGUUAAAAAUAACAAUGCACUUUGAGAAAUGUUUUAUAUAUGCCUGAUUGGAAAGAAAACACAUGUCUGCACUGCAGUGGCCUGCAAAGAAUUACUAAUGCCUUAUUUUCUAGGCAUGAGAAUGUAGGCCAGUUUUUUUACUACUGGUAAGAAUUCUACCAAUUUGCUUAGAGAUCACUUUUCUACCAACAGUAGGUUUGAGUUCAAGGUGGUUUGAAGAAUUACAAAUGCUUUCUAGAAAUUGAACAUCUGCAUGAUAUAGAAGCAAAAUUUGCUUAUGUACAUCACAUUGAGAUGUCUGGUUGCACAGUAUUACAAUUUAGCAGAGAAACUCCAAUCACUCUCCAGAUCAAAACAUUCUUCAUAUGGUUAACUUGUAAAUGCAGGAGCCCAGGAAGUGCUUCUCAUGUAUUAUUGGAAGUGUCUAAAAGCACUGGUGAUUUUAAGACUCUUUCUCAGGGUAACAGUAUUUUCAUAAUGAACAAUAUUUCACCAACAAAUUCCUCCCAAGUAAAUUGUCUUCCCUUUCAAAUGUUACCUUACAAAAAGUUGGCAGUUUCUCACUAAUUUAUAAGACUUCUGCAUCCAGAUAUGAUUUUGAUCUUUGUAGAUGAAUGCUCUACCACAGAAAUUAUUUUUUAAUUCCCCAUUAAUAGCUUUUUUUCUACUACAUUUCAAAGAAUUGGAGAUAGGUCAUUUUAUUUUGCUUGUAACAUGUAUUAUGUAAAGAAGUGUUCAUAUAGACAAUUUUAACUAAUUUUAAUUUUAAGCAUAAUGGUGUAGUUCUAAUUUUUAAACUUAAUUCAGUGUUUCAUUUGAUUAAAGUGGGGACUUAGGGUAUCUCCCAAGAGGUAAUUUACCGUCUACACCCCUCUCCAAUAAUCCGUACAUUCUGGGCUUUCAUUUCUGGGAAAUAGCAAGAGAAAAAUAGAAUUAAAUUGGGAACUAUUCUGAUCUUCAUUGUUUAAAUGGUGUGACUUCCUACUAUUGAAGCCAUUUAUCCAGCCUCGGCAAGAGGAAAUAAUGCCUCUACCACUUUCUACCUGACAGUUUAAAAACUAAAGUUUCAGUUAGGAAGAAGUGACUUAGUGUCAGGGAAUUUAUAUACCACUAUCUAUGCAGCAUUGCUAUAGUCUAAUUAUUUCCAUGUUUUGAAUAUGAUUUACCUAAUGCUUUGAAUAAAAUUUUGUUUUAAAAUUGUUAUGUAUUGUGCAGAUAAUACUUGUAUACUUUAUUGUAUUAAAAAUUAUACUCAGGGCUGGAGAGUUAGUACAAUGGGUAGGGCACUUGCACAUGGCUAGCCUGGGUUCAGUACCCAGUACCCCAUAUAGUCCCGCAAGUACCCCCAUCUGUGAGCUCACAACUAGGUGUAAGCCCUGAGCACUGCCAGGUGUGGCCCAAAAACAAAGAUACUAAAAAAUACCCAACUCUCAUAAGAGUUCUUGGUUAGUAGCAGGUUGGGAUUUGGUUAUAUAAUGAUAUCAGCAUCAUUCAGUGAAGAAGUAUGGCGGUUUCUUUCUAUUAUGCUCUCCAGAAAUAGAAGAGGCCAGUUUUAAAAUUAUGGGCUCAUGUUUACAAACACACAAAAAAUUGCAAUGUUAUAAACAAAAUCAGUGUUACAGGGCCAGAGAGAUGACAAAGUGGGUAAGGCACUUGCCCUGCAGGUGACUGACCCAGUCAAUUCCUGGUACCAUAUUUGGCACCCCAAGCACUAUCAAGAGAUCUCUGAGCACAGAGACAGGAGUAAAUCCUAGCACAGCUGGGUGUGGUCCCCACCCCCCAACUUAUGCAAUAUAAUUGUUUUUUAAUAUCUGAGCCAAUAGUUAGUAAAUUUGCUUAAAGUGUGUCUUUUCAUGCUGAGAACGGCAAUAUAAUGGCAUGUUGUACAUUCUUUUAAAAAAAAAUUUGUAUUUAUUUUAUGCCUGAUUUAUUCUCAGGACUUAAGGUUUUGCUUCUUCCUAUGCAUUCUUUGAGGAUUAUCACGAUGGUACUAAAUAGUAAAUACUAAAAGGCCAUUUGCAGCCACAGAAUGAAUAUAGUGAUCAUUUUCUGUAAGAGUUCAACCAAGGCUCUGGGAGAUGGUGCAAAAGGACUAGAGCAUGUUUGUGGAUCAUCAGGUGUAGUUCCUGUUACCACAUCAUCUGUCACCAGAAAUGAGCACCACAGAGGGAGUAUCCCUUGAGCACCAUUGCAUGUUUUCCAAAACAAAAACACAGCCAAAGAGAGUGACAAGCCAAUUUGCCAAUGGUUUUAGAAAAUCCAUUUUGAUGAGCUAUCUGAGUAAAUAAAGAAUUAUAAUUACGUAUCAGAAAAUGGCAUCUGAAAAUUUUCAACUUCACUGAAGUGGUAAAAGGGGGAAGGAAUAUUAUAGGGAGAAAAAAUUGGUUACAUUUACCUAAAGGUUAAAAAUUAGAUUCAGCAAUUGACUUUUUAUACAUCUUUAUUUUGUAUGCAUGUAUUUAGGCAGGAGUUACUAGACAUAACAAAUUAUUUUAGGAAAAAACUUUAUCAUUCCAUAAAAAGAACCUGGAGAUAUUUUUUAGAACAUAAAAUACUGACUUAAUUUCACCCUUAUGUGAGACCUUGUUAAAACUCAAAAGCAUUUCACCCUAAAAAUAACUUUUAAGUGUAUGGUGUUGAGUGAUAAUUGAAGAAGCCAAAUUCUCUUCCCAGAACUUCAGUUAAACUGUUAUUUCAUUCAGACUUUUUAUUUUGUUUGUUUGCUUUUGUGCCAUACCUGGUGGUUCUAACAGCUAACUCCUGAAUUUGUGCUCAGGGGUCAUUGCUCUUGGGGCUCUGGAUACCAUAUAUGGUGCCAGGGAUCAACUGAACAAGCAAGACAAGUGCCUUACCCACCAUACUAUCACUCUGACCCUUCAUUCAAAACUGUUUGCUCUGAUUAAAUGUUUCCUCCUUGGGUUACUUAUAUUUAUCUUUACAUUGCCUUCUGUCUUGUACUUAAAUACAAAAUUCUCCAUAAAAGUUUAUUUUUUUUCCAGAA